GUACGGUAUUUGCUGUGCUGUAGAUCAGAUGGACAGGCAGUCCAAAGUCUAGCAUGCCCGGGCACUCUGAAAAGGAUAAUGAUAUGCUGACUUAUUGCCUCUGAGACUCAAAAUUUAUCAUUGUUACCUAUAAGUUGUAGAAAUACCAACCUAGUUUGUCCAUCAUGGCGCCAGACAUCAAAGCUGCAUUAAAAGAAGCUAAGACUGGAAUAAAGGAAAACAACUAUGAACAAGUUUUGAAAUACUGUAAGAUUGUUUUAAAGCAUGACAGGAACAACUAUCAAGCCCUGGUAAUGUUUGCCCGAGCAUGUCAAGAGCAAGGCAAGUAUGAAGACUCCAAGAAAGCGUUGCUGUUAGCAAGCUCAGUUGAGCCUGACACUCCUGUUGCAUGGCAGGGACUAGCUGCUCUGUUUGAUUCUCAGCCACAGCUCAGCACUCCUUCAGAAUCUAUCAAGGUUUAUGGAAAGCUUGUUGCAGUUUUUGAUUCUGGCCAAAAGCAUAUGGCAUUCCUCCGUAAGCUAGCAACAGCCUAUGAAAAUGCUGGAGAAGCAUUAAAUGCUGCUGAUACUCUCCUGAAACUUCUCCCACUUGCAAAAGAUGAGGAUAAAAAUGAUGGGAAAGAAAUAGCCCAAUGUGUUGUAAAUGUAUUGUCACCAAUCCAAAAUACACUAAGUCCAGAUUGGCUGCAAAAUUUGUUAGGAAUGGUCAAAGCACUGUUGAGUGACUCGGUGCUGGGUAGCAAUGAAAGAAACUAUCAGCUUUACCUGUCUCUCUGCCACAAGCUCGAAGACAGAGUUGAGCUGCUAGCUGCUGCUAGAAUAAUGUACUCUCUUUUUAAAACAGCUUAUCCAUUAGAGUGGAUUGCUAGAGUUUUUGUGGAAGACCAUUUACCAUGGAAAAGUCAUUCCUCUGAUUCUAUACUGUUGUGGUCUGAUUGUGAUGCCUCAAUAACAAAACUAUUUGACAUGUACCCUGCCACCUUGUGGGGCAAUCUUGCUCUUGGUUUACAGUACCAGGAAUCAGAGGAUUUGAAAAACUCUCUAGUGUGUUAUAAAAGAGCCUGCGAGCGCAGCAAGGGUCACUUUAGUAACUCAGAUGGUCAGCCAAUCAUAUGGUGGCGUUUGUAUCUGGAGGCCUUGGAGAAAGCUAAAGACUGGCCUGGUGUUGAGUCAACUGCUACUUGCAUCAUAUCCAUACUUUCUGAGAAAAAAUCUAAGUGGCCAGGUUCUUUUGAAGACAAAGAUACUGUCAUCCAAAAAUUGAGCUUUCUCAAAGCUCAAGCACUUAUGAAAAUGGGGCAUGAAAAGCAUUUUACUAUUGCUUUGUCUAUCUUGAGAAAGCUUGAUUUAAAUGUGAGUGAACUUAUCAUCGAAUGCCUGUCGCAUACUGACCUUGUUGCUGCCAGAGAAGAGCUCAGCAAGAUGCAAUCUUCCACUUGCGGCGUCGUCUACGAAGUUCUUCAUGCGAAGUUGCUCUAUCUAGAGGGUGAUUUGGCAGGUGCUGAAAAAUUUCUUACACACGCUCUAGAAAAGGACCCUUUAAAUGUCGAUGUUCUUAUUUUGCUUGGUAGGAUCUAUCAGCAAAAUAAAAACGAUUCUGCUUCCUUGAAAUGUUUACUGCAAGCUGCAAAAUUAGACCCGUCCAGGGAAAAGGCAUUCCUCUAUUUAGGGCAUCACUACCGCCGCGUGGGAGAUAAGAUCAAGGCUUGCAAAUGUUAUCACAAAGCAUACAUGCUUGCCCCUGUAGCAGAGGAAGAAGGAGCUGCUCUCUCUGACAUCUACAGGGAACUCGGAGAAUUUGACAAAAACUUUGCUCUACUUACUUCUGUCACAAGUGAAGGCUCCAGUGGCGGGGCUUGGGCAUGGUUACGUAUGGGUCUUCAUCAUCUCUCUGUGUACGAUUCACAAAAGGCAAUCUCUGCAUUGCAACGCUGCCUACAACUUCAGCAUAACCAUCGACAGGCCCUUGAGAGCUUGGGAGAUGCAUACUUGGCACGAGGCUCGUAUGUAGCUGCUCAGAAAGUUUAUGAAAAAAUAUCUACUCUGGAUCCUAAGGCCAUAUACCCUCGAUGUCAGAUUGCUAAGAUUCAUCUCUGUAUCGGAGAGCCUACCAUUGCUGUUUCUAGGUAUGAAGAAUUAUUGGCUAUGUGUCAUGAUACCAAUUUGCUGUCGGUGAUUUUCUUAGGCCUUGCUCAAGCCCAUAUUGCCCUCGCAUCGCAGCAUGCAUCUACUAAGCACCUUGACAAUACUUUGUCUCACUGCCUCCUGGCUAUUAAGAAUUUAGAUGAAGCCAGGGAACUGCAGCCUCUUGCCAUCAGUAUUUGGAAGUCGUUAGGCGACGCCUGCUCGUUACUCCAUAGGCUACCGCGUUACUUGUGCAUAAAAAGCAUACAGAUCCCGGCCCGACUUGUGAAACCUGAUUAUCAGGUUGGUGAGAUGUCGGAAGUUUCUCUCUUGAACGUUCUUCAGCUCGGUAGCAAAUGCUAUGGAGUUGCUGCAAAACUAAGUCCCUCCGAUUCCUCCUUAUGGCAUGAUUUAGGUCUUAGUUAUUACUUCACUGCCAAAUAUGUUGACAUGAUGGAGGAUAGUCCUAAGUUUUCUUCAUUGAUGCAACGGGCCCAAAACUGCAUAAGAAAGAGCUUAACUUUGUCUCCUCGUGAUAGCCAAGUGUGGGAUACUUUAGGAGUUAUUUCCAUCCAUCCUUCAGUGAAGAAUCACUCUUUGGCUCAACAUUCCUUUAUUAGAAGCAUUCAGCUACAGCCCUGUGCUAGUAAUUGGACACAUUUAGGUGCCUUCUAUUUGGUGUGCGGUGAAGUUCAGCUUGCUCAUCAAGCGUUCUGCCAAGCCCAAGCUCUGGACCCUCGCUUCGUUACGUGCUGGACCGGCCAAGCUUUGGUGGCAGAGAGCGUCCAGCAUUACGACGCAGCGGAUCUGUUCCGUCACUGCUGCACUCUUGGCGCGCAUCCUGAGAGCGGCCUCGGCCACGCUCAUCACGUCACCAUAGCGCUCAAUGAGGGCAAGACUAUUGCGUCUUCUGUUCUCUCUCUUGCCGUCGACGCCAUGUUGUUUUAUUCUAGAGAGUUCGAUGAUGAUCCUGUUGGCCUCAAUCUUGCUGCUUUGUGCCUUGAAAAGUUUGGCAUGGAGAACACGGCCUCGGAGCUCUAUGACGUAGCUUUGAACAAUUGUAACCAGCUUCAGCAGGGCUCUAAGCCUGACUCCAAUUUGAGUGACACGAUUCGUAGCAACUAUGGCCGUGUACUUACAUCUCUUGGUCGAGUUAAGGAUGCUGUUCGACAUUUUUCUUCUAUUACCGAACCAGAUUUUCAAUCUGAAUGUAACUCAGCUUUAGCUUGCUUGAAAGGCGAGGAUUACGAGACGGGCUACUCUAAAUACCAGUCAGCACUACACUGGCUUGCGCAGAAUCAUCAUCACAAAGCAAACGUGUUGGUCGCAUUAGCGUGCCUGCAGUAUAAGUUCGGCAAAGUUCAAGAAGCCAAGACCCUUCUGUUCGAAAGCUGCCGCGAGGGUGGAGGCUGCGUUGCAGGCAUCUUGGCCCUGGGCGCCCUGGGACUCCUAGAAGGCGAUGCGACGCUUAUUAAUGCCGCACUCAACGAACUAGUCCCACACCGACACUCUGAAGAAGCGUCCCACCAUAUUGCUUUCUUAACGGCUGCCCAAGAAAUACUAAGAGGGCAAACAAAUGUUGCCAAGUGCAUUCUAAGUCGCGCAGUUUUGUGUAGGCCUCAGUGUCAGCACAUUUGGCGUUUCCUGUCUUGGCACUUGGCCACAAGCGCCUCAAAAACAACUCCAAAGACCUCGCAGGAAAUCAAGAGUGCCGAGAAACGAAGCAAGUCCAUCGUGCGCUCUGCCUCUGCUGCUUGUGUACUGUCGCAGAGCCGGUCUACUGCAGCUACCAGGUCUCAUUUUGUGCCUACUGAGGACGGUACCACGCGUGUGUUGGGAUUCUUACUCGCUGCUGACAAUAUAAAUGCGUUGAAAGAAGCACAACGAAAUUUGCUCAUGCACCCCAGCCAGCCCGAGGCCUGGGCCACGCUCGUGUCGGCGGCCAAAGUUGCCCAAGUCUCACCCCGAACCAUACGCGGCAUGGUACGAGUGUGGGCACCCAAAUGCGCUCCUGCGGUGCGGGCGUGGCUGCAUCAAGCAGCUCCGUCUACUCCGGCUUAAGUAGUCUAGAAUUUCCUUUCGAAAUUUUUCCAUUUAGAAGUUACUUCAAUAUUUUCCAAACGCUUCUGGGCUUCAUAGUUUUUAUGCCGAGCGACUAAUGCAAUCUUUAUUCGUAGAGUAUUAAAUUGAUCAAAAAAUUAAUAACUCAAGAUAUUAUUGCACCGUUGUUUACUAGCAUCGCAUAACUGAGUCAUUGGCACUGUAAAUUAUAUUGAGGGCACCUUUCUUGUUAUGUUUGUACUUUUCAAUUUUCAUUAUUUGUAAUCAAGUAUAAUCAUUACCCUGACUUAUAAACUAACAUGUUCAUUUUUUUCAGUAAUCAGUAAUGUAUCUAAGCUCUAUUUUACCCAAGACAGUUUGUGCACGCUAUAAACUAAAAAAAAAAAAUGUUACGUGUUCAGUGAAAGGAAGUGAAAAGUUGAGAUAACCAACGUUUGCCUUGAAUAAUGUAAGUGAUUUUGUUUUCGAUUCUAUUAUUAAAUUUAUUUUCUCUCACUCGCUAAUCUGUAUUCAUUGUCAUAAGGCACCGAAUGUAGUUGAAUAAAAUCCAUGAAAAUU